GCUGUUUGUGGUGUUUUAUCGUAAUGGUUAGAAAGAUUAAGCCUCUUCAGAAAGCAAUCACCAGGUAGAUAAAGAAGAUGUAAAAUGAUGAUUUUACUACAAAUUGUAAAGUAAAUCAGUUUCUUUCCAGUGACUUGGUUUUUUGCUGUCUUGAACACAAUCAAUAACAUAUACCAGCUGAAGGUUUCUAAAUCUGUUCAACAAUAACAAAAAAGCUUAACUUACCCAUUCUGUGGAAUGGUUGUUGGAUUAUUGAAAUUAGAUAUAGAACUUAAAGAAGACAAAUCCAUAUCUGAUGAAACAUUUACAUCAAAUGGUGAUACAAAAGUGAUUUGUGAAAAUAACUCGUUUAUUAGCAUUUUGGGCCAUGGCUGAAGCUACCUUGGCAACAGCUGUUGAUCUUGUUGUGGAAAAGAGUGUAGUUACUUCAUCUAGCAAACAGCAAGUUAUCUUUGCUCAAAGCCCUAUAAAUAGCAGAGUGACAAUAACUGAGACUACCUCAUCAUCACCAGUAAAACUAACAGAAGGAUUUGAAACCAGUGAUAAAAAUCUUAGUGUUGCAGCAUUGAAGAGUCCAAAUGUUAAACUUGUGUUUACACAAGCUUCAGGAUCAAGCAUGCAGCCAAUGACAGUUGGAAAUGUACACAUAGAGCAGUUAGACAUCAACCAAGAAAAUGUUCAAGUGAUCACUAAAUGUUUAACGAGCAGUUGUGGAUCAUCCAACCAAAUAGCUGCAUUAAAUAAAAAGAAAGAAAGUUCAGGAAUUCCAACAAAAAUUUUGAUUCCUUCAUCAUGUCAAAAUCAGCCAAUUUCAGCUCAUUCUGUACUAUUAAGUGGUAAUCCUACGAAAAUGAUUGCCGUCGCCAAAUCAAACUCCACUACUAUUUCAACUAGACUUCUUCCAUCAGCUCAGAAGAAUCCAAUUAAACAGGUGGUGGAUGUGCUUUCUCCUUCAAAGAACACAGUGAAUGUUGUAUCUGUGCCAAGGUCACCACAGAAAAUUGCUCCAGCUAUAACUGUAGGCAGCAAAUCCAAAAGUAUUGGUGUUCAUGAACCUGCAGCAUCUCAGACUGCAUCAAUCGUUUUAUCCAGACAACCUGUGGUGCCACACUCGCCAACAAAAGUCAUGCUAAAACCUGUAGUACUGACUACACUUAAAUCAGCAACUCAGACCACAGCCUCUCCAACUCAGAUUAGAUUUGUUGCAUCCAAUUCAUCUUCACAAACAAGUAUCCUUGCUAAACAAGCCACACCAACAUCAACAGCUUCAGUCCCCUCUUUUCAGUUGACCUCAAAUAGAUAUCCAUGUCUGCGACUAGUUGCUACACCAAUUUCCCAAAACAUGACUGUUCGUAGUUUCGCACCAAGCACACAGUCCACUUCUUCAAUCAGAUCAACUAUGACACUCCUGCCUCAAAAUCAGAAAAUUGCUUUACAACGUAGUAAUGGUCAUUCAGGACUCAAUCAGAUUGCUCCAAAACCAGUGGUUGGCUCACAGCAGUUAUUGUUUCCUGCAUCAGCAGUCACAAAGUUAGCUCAGCUUCAGCCAAUCAAUCUGACUUCAGCAGCAGUUCAGGGUCAGAGUACUGGCAACACUUUACUGACUGGUGGAAACAGCAUAUCCAGAUAUGUUAUGAUUCCAACCAACUCCCAAUACCAGGUCCAACAGAAUGGUCAGGUGUUAUCUGGAAGUCACCAAACUGCUCGCAUGAUACUGCCAUCAGGUCAAGUACCAACUCUACUCCCUGCAACUACUCUUGUAGGGAGCAGUACACCAUCUGGCUGCCAACCAACAUUUAUCCCAGUGUCUUGCACACCAAGUACUAGAAUUAGUUACAAUUCAGUGCCACCCCAGUCUACAUUACCACCUCGAACACCAGGAUGGAAUCAACAGCCAACUGCUGGAUCUGGUGGGCCAGCUGGAGAGGAACGACUUCGGAGGCCUUGUAACUGUUCCAAAUCUCAGUGCCUGAAAUUAUACUGUGACUGUUACGCCAAGGGUGAAUUUUGCAAAAGUUGUAAUUGCAAUAAUUGCUACAACAACUUAGACCAUGAAGAAGAAAGGCAAAAAGCAAUCAAGAUCUGCUUGGAGAGAAAUCCUUUCGCUUUUCAUUCAAAAAUUGGAAAAUAUAAGGAUGGAAUUGCCCAAAGACGUCACACUAAAGGCUGUAAUUGCAAACGAUCUGGCUGUUUAAAAAAUUAUUGUGAAUGUUAUGAGGCAAAAAUUAUGUGUACACAUCUGUGCAAGUGUGUGGGAUGUAAAAACAUUGAAGAUAACUGUGAGAAAAAGACACUGAUGCAUCUUGCUGAUGCUGUAGAGGUCAGAGUUCAACAACAGGCUGCUGCCAAAACUAAGAUUUCCUUCCAGCUUCAAGACUUCCCAACUCGACCAGCAAAUUUUUCUUCUGAAGGUCACAGAUUACCAUGUGCCUUUGUGACUCAGGAGGUUGUGGAAGCUACAGUACAAUGUCUCUUAGCUCAGGGUGAAGAUGCUGAGAAGUCUGAACUUGUAUUAUCAUUGGUCGAACAGCGUGUCUUAGAGGAGUUUGGAAAAUGUCUCAGAAAAAUAAUUGAAUGUUCUAGUAAAUCCACAGACUUGCAGACAUGACAGUUAUUCAGGUCCACAAAAAGUUUCCAGGAAAGAUCAAAUCUCUAGCUAGUCAUCAAGAGUUGAGUAUAUCUGCAGUCUUACAUGUCAGAAAAAUAAAACAGGCCAGAAAAUUAUAACUUCAUCAUGGAUGCCACACUACUUUUCAGGGAAACAAUUUUUUUUCUACGUAAAACUUAAACUUCAGUAAAUGCAAAACCAUAUUUGACCUCAGGUUAUUUUUUUUUGUUUUACAUUUCUGAUGUAGUACAAAUUGGAAUCUCACAAAACACAUUUUUUUGAAGAUGUGAGAAAAAAUAUUUCAGUAUGAAGAAACUAAAGAAUUAUUGUACUGAUAUAAUCAGAUGUCAUUGCAUUUCAAAUAAUUGAAAUGUACAUGUAUAUACUUAAUAAUUUUGAAAUGUGUAUAUAUAACUACUUUUGCAAGCAAAACAAAGUAUUAAAAAUAUGCUAGAAGAAAUUAGCAUAAGACAUUUAACACGUGUAGUACACGUCUAACAAUUUUUAUCUGUACAUACACUUGUGUGGAAACUAUAUUUAUAUUGAAUUUAUGAAUUAACUAAUUGUACAUUUUUUAACAAAAAUGUAACAUUUACUGUGAGCUUUGAUCUCUGUAGAAAAUGUAGUUUAUACAGUUUAUAAUAUUUCUAAAAUGUAUUUUAUUCUUUAGAGGGACUGAAAUAUAAGAAUAAUCUUUUUAUUUCAUUGUGCAUCUUUAAAAAACAAAAAGAUUUUAUCCUACAAAAUUGCCUGUUUUAUUUUCUCUACAGUAUCUCACCAGUAAAGAUAGGAAUUAAAUAAAACAUUAGGUAAAAAACUGGUCACUUGUAUAAAACAUUUUCACCAAGGAAAGACCCACAUUGUUUAUUUGCUGAAUAUGUGUGUGUAUAUUACAAUAGACCUCAAAAUUCCAAGUGUUUUAUGUGCCUACGUAUUUGACAUCAUGACUAAGAAUACAUUUUAUAUUUCAGUAUAUAUUUUAAUCAUACUUUUAUAAAAGUUAUCCAUAAGUACAACUUUCAUAUUUUAGAAUCUUGUAUUAGAAAUGAAAAAAUUUUGCAUGUUAAAAUUCUUCUGCCAUUGCUGGAGAUUUUACUAAACACAUACAUAAAAAAGGACAAAUUUAAAGAAAGCUUCCACAGUUUAUUAAUUUUGCCUUAAAAAAACCUCCAACACAAGACUUCAACUAAAAGCAACUCCUUUUUGUAACACGUGUUGUAUUUGCUUUAAGUAUGUCUUAGUCUUAAAAAUUUCAUGUUACAUACUGUUUCACUUCUGAUUACAGAAGUGCAUCUAGCACAAUAUGAGUAUGUCACAAAGUGAAUGAUUAUUCACACUAUUAAAAAGAAAAACUAUAUAAUUUCUGUAGUGCAUAUUGGUGUAUAGAAGACGUAGUAAUACUAGAUA